AUGAGAGCUGAAGUAGAACUAGUAACGCGUGGUCAAGGGAGGGAAAAGCCUUCCGACGAAUGAACACAGCAUGUAGUCUAUUGGUUUUACUAUAGACAAUGUUUUUUUCAUUCUUUUUAAACGGUCUUGCUGCAAUUCUGUAUCUGUCACUCCCCAUGGAUUUUUCCUUGAGUCCUCAUAGAUGUCCCGAGCAACAGUGAGCUACAGAACACACACAUAAACUAUUAUAAAAGUAGACUUUAUUCCAACAAUGUAAUGGCUUUUUGUGCCUGGUCUUUUCAAUGUUUUAACACAGGCAUUGUAAAAGUUAAUUAAUGUUUUGGGGGGAAAAUACCAGCGGGAAAAAGCUAUGUCAUAAGAGUAAAAAAGGGGUGUGGCAUACUGCCAAUAUGACACGCCCACUAAUAUGCCUCUACGAAGUUUGAUCUUGUUCUAGUCGUAGAACAUUUUAUUCUAGUUGUUAGAAUAAUCGCUGAGCUGUUUUUGAGACAGAUCUUUUUUUUUUUUUUACUUAGGUGUCGUUCGUGUGAAAUAACUUUGGUUUUCAAUCUCUUAAAGUCAAACACUCAAACACAAGAGCCGUAUUGUUUAGGCUGAGAGGCAGGCUGCGAAAUGGACAGAUAUGAUCUAAGUGGCAGACGUACAGCCGUGAUCAUGUGCGGUGGGGGAAGACCGGGCUCUGAGUACGACUACGACGUUGAGAGAAUAAAGGAGCUCUGCAAACAGAAUAAGUUUCCUGAACCUAGUUAUAGUGUUAAAUGCAAAACUAAAGAGGACGUAACUGAUGCACUGAAAUCAUUUCGAAACAACCUGAGCGAUGACGUCAGUUGCCUCGCAAUGUUCAUCAUGGCCCAUGGUGCACUUGGACACAUUGAAGUCAAUGAUGAAGAGAUUCUAGAUCUAGAAGAUAUCUACAAGAUGUUUAGCAACAGCCAGUGUCCAGCCCUCCGUGAGAAACCCAAGCUCUUUGUUGUGCAGGCCUGUAGGGGAGUGAAGGGACGUCCUAAAGACCUUUACACAGACGGAGGUAGAUCUUCAGGCGCUGUAUCAAAAAAGUUGCUCCCCACGGAAUCUGACUCCAUGGAAGUGUAUGCAGUGCCUCCAGGAAAACUUGCCAUCAGACACCCAGACAGAGGAUGCCCAUUGUUUGAAGAGAUGCAUAAGGUGUUUACGAAGGAUUCUGUAGCUACCCGUGAUGUGUAUGAACUCUUCACAGAGGUGAACCAACGUCUGGGUCAGAGGAAGGACCGUAGAAAGGACGGAUACGAACAUGAUUUCCAGCCAACACCCAGAGUCAUCAAGAGAAACCUACAGCCAGUAGAUACAGAUGAUUCAUCUGAUGACAUAGGGCAUUCUCUUCAUAUUGUGAACAAUCUGACCAAGAAGUUGUAUCUCUGAUAGGGAGAUGGGAGGAGGUACAGUAAGAGGAGGGGGGUGAGGGUUAUAAGCACACUCUGAGUGUUGUAUAUCUGGGUUCAAAGGGACAUUCAAUUUUAAAAUCGCAAGAUUGACGUCAGUUUAUGUUGAUGUAUGGCCACUACGAGUGAAAAUAUUGAAAAUAAUCAACCUGGGUUUUCCAAAAGUAUCUUAAGUCCAUGUUCAUCUUAAGUCGUGUUCAUGUUGGCAGUUUGAAGUGACUAAAAUCCUUCUGUUAUUAUUCCUGCAGUCUGAACAGCCAAAAAAGCACAUGACAUCAGAUAUUUCAGCCACAUACUGAUUUAUGGCCAUGAAUGUAUAACAUGUAUGUGUAAAUGUAUUAAUUAUCCUAACCUGCUACGUUAAUUCUCCUAACCUGCUACGUUAAUUCUCCUAACCUGCUACGUUAAUUAUUCCAACCUGCUACGUUAAUUCUCCUAACCUGCUACGUUAAUUCUCCUAACCUGCUACGUUAAUUCUCCUAACCUGCUACGUUAAUUCUCCUAACCUGCUACGUUAAUUCUCCUAACCUGCUACGUUAAUUCUCCUAACCUGCUACGUUAUGUCUCCUAACCUGCUACGUUAUGUCUCCUAACCUGCUACGUUAUGUCUCCUAACCUGCUACGUUAAUUCUCCUAACCUGCUACGUUAAUUCUUCUAACCUGCUACGUUAAUUCUUCCAACCUGCUACGUUAAUUCUCCUAACCUGCUACGUUAAUUCUCCUAACCUGCUACGUUAAUUCUCCUAACCUGCUACGUUAAUUCUCCUAACCUGCUACGUUAAUUCUCCUAACCUGCUACGUUAAUUCUCCUAACCUGCUACGUUAAUUCUCCUAACCUGCUACGUUAAUUCUCCUAACCUGCUACGUUAAUUCUCCUAACCUGCUACGUUAAUUCUCCUAACCUGCUACGUUAUGUCUCCUAACCUGCUACGUUAUGUCUCCUAACCUGCUACGUUAUGUCUCCUAACCUGCUACGUUAAUUCUCCUAACCUGCUACGUUAAUUCUUCCAACCUGCUACGUUAAUUCUCCUAACCUGCUACGUUAAUUCUCCUAACCUGCUACGUUAAUUCUCCUAACCUGCUACGUUAAUUCUCCUAACCUGCUACGUUAAUUCUCCUAACCUGCUACGUUAAUUCUCCUAACCUGCUACGUUAAUUCUCCUAACCUGCUACGUUAAUUCUCCUAACCUGCUACGUUAAUUCUCCUAACCUGCUACGUUAAUUCUCCUAACCUGCUAC